UUUACAUACCAGCGAUCCCGGUCGUUUCAAUGAGUGCCAGAUACAAGAGAUACAAUAUUCAUUCGCCUCCUGUAGCAUUUCAUUAUGUAUCAGUCUCAAAUCACUUUCGUCAUGGAUACCAUUUGUCCUUGGUAUGAUGGCUCGUCAAGAGAAGGGGAAUCAUGGCUAAUUCAUCUCAGGACAUACCUUGGAAAGAGGAGACUCGAUGAGGCUCUGGCUCAGUUCCGCUCCUCGAAUUCUUCAUCCUCCAUCUCCUUCAAGCUCCAUUUCGCAUCUUAUCAGCCCAAUCCAAACCGUCCUGAAACCAUCCCGGACCGAGCUGCAUAUGCCCUGCACAAGAAGCAUAAUGACAAUCAAGAGGCCCAGAAAAUCUUCGAAGAGCAUAUGCUCUCACUUGCGCAGCCACUGAAACUUCCCAUAGCCUUUACGGGACCAACUGGUAACUCAUUUCCUGGACAUCGGGUCAUCCAACAGGUUCAGGAGUCCCAGGGAGCUGAAGUGGCGAACAGGCUCGUGGACGCGGUGUUCAGGUUGUACUUUGCGGAAGGCCGACAUCCUGGUGCUGACGAUAUGUUGGUCGAGGCAUGUGUUGAGGCUGGUAUAGAUGAGGGAGUGGCAAAGAGCUUGGUGGAAGAUAAAUCCAGAGGUGAAAGGGAUACCAAAGAAAAGAUCAGAAGUACAGGUAUGGACAUCGAUGCCGUGCCGACUGUAGUCAUUGAAGGGCGAAGGAGAGACUUGACACUCACGGGCCUGAAAGAAGUCUCGGAGUAUAUUAAGGCCAUGGAGACAAUAAGUAAGGAAAGUUCAUAAUUAAGCAUGCUUAUGAUGAGAGGCAACGAAGGCAUCGGUCAUAACAUAAGAUUCGUUUUCAGUGGAAAGAAAUGCUAAUAGUAAAUACAUGAAGAAACGAAGGGCAUGGUAUCGUUAUUACAAAAGUUUUCCCACUAUUUCCAGGAGCUCGUCAUCAUUUCAUUCAUGUUUCUCGUACUGCGUUCACUUCAUGAGCGACUGAACAUCAGGGGUACUAAUACACUCCGACUCUCCAGUGCUCUUCGAUCCUCCAUGACCAUGCUGGGGCCAAAUGCCGUACCAAUAUCCCGGCCUGCCAGAAAGCGACAUGCGUUAGCUUCACCGACACGAGGUUUCUUGCUAUGGCAGAACUCGCGGCUCAGCUUGGACAGGACAGCGGCCUUGGCCUUUUGCAAGGCGCUCACUCUCGCGACAGCAUCUUCAGCUAGAAGACGGUGGGCCUCUUCCUGCUCUAUGUUGCGCUGAACGGGAGAAAUGCCUUCAUCCGGGUCUCGACUGGCAUUCUUCCUUGCGGUUGGGUCAUAAGUUGUGGGUUGCAGCAGCACGGGCUGGGGAUCACUGAUCAAGAUGGGGGCGGUGAUGUUGGGGACAGGAGUUGAAGGGCGGAGGAUUUGUUCCUCCACAAAAGGUUGGAGUCGAGGACGAGAGGUCUUGUGGCGGCGUGAUAGGGAGUGUUGGGAGGACUUGGGUGAGGGAGACGGUGUCUCAGGGGCAUCCUCAACACUGCUGCGAUGCUUGCGUCUGCGGCGACGAGAGCGUUUCUUUCUAAGUUUUGUGCUGAAUCCGGCAUCUGAUUCAUAUACAGGGGCAGAAAACUGUUCAUUGGCAGUGAUCUCUCCAGUAGGGUCAUCAACGACUUCGUUUUCAAUGUCGCCGAAGGGGAAGCCACCGAGGUCCAUGUCCAAGAGCUCACGACUAGCGGCAGUUACAGCAGCACUUGGGCUAGGAAGAUGUUCUGAGCUGGGGCUUGUGACAAGACUGUAUUCUGAUUGGGCGGCCAUGCUGUUGCUUCGAGACCAGGAAUCGUCAGUGUCGAUGGGCGCAAGGACAUCGUCCCAGUUACCAUUAUCAGCAAGAACGACACUCUCGAAGUCGAAUUCUUUGACUGUUGGACGGUGUGAGUUGAUCAAGUUGCUGAGCUGAGGGGCGUUCAUAACAGCAUUGCGAACUUGAAGGUAUCGCAAUUUUGGGAAGUAAAUAGCCCCCUUUCCAGGAGUCUCGGGUAAGGGAGACAUAGGAGAUGUAACCUCGUGGAACAGUUUCUUGGAGGCACGGGGCGGUGAGAAGAGGGGGUCAGAAGCCAGAGCAACUGGGCAAGGCCCUUUGCGACCAAGCCAUGUGAAGGCGAACUUCUUUAGGUUGGGGGCAAAUGUGCGGACGUAUUCGUCCAAGAUCUUCAAAUGGUCACGACCUGGCGAUGUUCCAUAAAAGUCCCAAGCAUCCACCGAGAUGGAGAGCUUGUUGAUCUGGCGCCAGCGUCUUCCAGCCGAUGGGACUGUUCCAAAGCCGUUGACGUGACGAAGGUAGUUGAAAGCCGCAGGGUGCAGUUGAGAAAGGGACAGCUUGUGAAGCUUCUCUAGAGGAGCACGCUCAAGGGAGAUACGCAAGCUGAUAAGAGCAUAGUCGACAAUGU